AUGCAAAACACACAACAGGUGGAAGGCACAAAUAGGCUUAUUAAAACUGAGCUUCCUGCUACGCAUGAAUAUAUAGAUGGAUAUCUUGAGAAUGAAUAUGACACAUUACAAGCUUUGCUUGAAAAUCUUGUGAAUAUGGUCAACCCAUCAGACUAUUUUAUGAUUGAAGGCACGGCUGUUGAAGAGCUCGAUUCAAAUGAACAAAUAAAUCAGUUGAUUUCUAUUCGUGGCCCCGAUGCAUAUCAAGCUAGUAUUCAUACUAGCAUUACACGAAAACAAGAAUAUGCAUAUGUUGAUGAAUUUGCAGGAUUGAUAGAGAAAUUUAUUGAAAAUCAUACUGAUGUUGAUGUUAAUAAUCGGAUGAUGAUUGAAGUUACUCGAAUUAAAAAUCCAAAAAAAUUGAAGCACAAAGGAUGUCCAAAGAUUCCAAAAUACGCCAAGCGUUCAAGAUCUGGAUGCAGAAAAUUUAAAUGA